AUGGAUCCUCCUGUGAUGUUGUACAACUUAGGGCUCUCUUCAACUGACCUCGAAGAUCUUAUGAAGGAGAUCAGAAGUACAUCAUACAUUGAUGAAGUCGAGAGUGGAGAAGGACCGAGAGAAGAAUCACCGCUGUACAAUGAAAUCGUACCGGCAAAAGAGGUACCAAAAGAUACAUCAAUCGAAUCUCUUUUGAAACACGCAGGGAAUCCUAGUGUGCUGGCAAUUGCAGAUGGGAAGAAGGAUGGCGUUUUGAUCGUUGAAGUGAAACCUGAUGGAAAAAGAAACGAGCUACGUGUAGCACCAAAGGAUGUUAUUGAAGUUUCAUGCAACUGUCGUAUUGCCAAUAUGGAUCUGUUAGAGUUCAAAGCCAUGGCAGACAAGACAGGUAGCAAUGUAUAUGACUCUAAAAGGUAAUCAAUGCAUCCAUGAAUGCUUCCCAUGACUUUUUGUUAUAUUAGCGGUCGGCCUAGAAAGCUUCUUCGAAAAUGAGAAAAGAAACGGCAGCGUGUGUGUGUAAUGCCAAAGUGUUGG